AUGUCACGUUCCAAGUUUGUAUCUCUAUUUAAAAGCUCGCCACUGUACGACUUUCUUAUCCCCUUUCAACGAGCUCCAAACCAGUGGGUUGCGCGCUAUAUCAUUAUUGUUUUCGCCAUCAUUGUGCGAUGUGCAGUAGGUCUGGGGCCUUACUCGGGACAAAAUACACCUCCCAUGUUUGGAGAUUUCGAAGCUCAACGCCAUUGGAUGGAAAUAACAACACAUCUGCCAAUUACGGAGUGGUAUUUCUAUGAUUUACAAUAUUGGGGGCUGGACUAUCCUCCCUUAACUGCCUUUCAUUCUUGGCUUCUCGGAAUAAUUGGCUCCUGGACAGAUGGCUCGUGGUUCGCUCUUGAUGUCUCAAGAGGACUCGAAACGGACGACUUGAAGUCUUACCUGAGAAUAACAGCUCUUUUGAGUGAAUUGUUCAUUUACAUUCCGGCAGUGCUAAUGUACACCAGAUGGAUGGGCAGACAUUACAAUAAGGCUUCUCCUAUCGAUCAAACUAUCAUUGCAGCGGCCAUUCUCUACCAGCCAUCCUUGAUUAUUAUUGACCAUGGGCAUUUUCAAUACAAUUCCGUGAUGCUUGGUCUUUCUCUUUUUGCAAUUGUCAACCUCUUGGAAAAUAACUACGCUUCAUGCUCAGUAUUCUUUGUGUUGGCUCUUUGUUUCAAGCAAAUGGCGCUCUACUACGCUCCUAUCUUCUUUUUCUAUCUUCUCAGCGUCUGCAUUUUCCCCUUCUCCAAGAUGAACCUUCUCAGAUUAGUUUCCAUAGGAGCCUCAGUGAUCGGUACCUUUGUGCUGAUGUUCUUGCCCUUCGUGUACCAAGGUGGAUUCGGCCAAAUUAUUCAGAUAAUGAUCCGUGUGUUUCCAUUUGACAGAGGCAUUUUCGAAGAUAAAGUAGCCAAUUUCUGGUGCGCAACAAACGUGAUUGUCAAAUACAAAAAUAUCUUCACUCAAGAUCAGUUGAAGAGAUUGUCUCUUCUGAUAACAUUGGCAGGAAUCUCGCCCGCUUCCAUCACUAUCUUUCUGAAGCCAAGUAAGACAUUAUUCACCUGGUGUUUGGCGUCCUGCUCGUUGGCUUUCUAUCUCUUUUCGUUUCAGGUCCACGAAAAAUCGAUUCUUCUGCCACUAAUGCCAAUCACCCUUCUCCUCAACGAAGUUGACCCCGAUGUCAUAUCUAUGGUUUGUUGGAUUGCCAACAUUGCUCUAUUCUCCAUGUGGCCGCUUCUCAAGCGAGAUCAAUUGUCUCUUCAAUAUUUUGUCUUAGGGAUCUUGAGCAACUGGCUCAUGGGCAAUUUGAGUUGGAUCAGAAUGUAUUUAAGAAUGGCCAAAAUUCCUGUUCUUGCGAGGGAACUAGCAACACCGGUGCUCCCUCACAACUUAUUUUGGCGUUUUGUCAUCAUCAGUUCGUAUACUCUGGCCUCGUUACUACACGUACUCGAUUGUCUUUUCGACCCCCCGCAACAGCUGCCACAUCUCUGGGUGAUUUCGAAUGUUAUACUGUCUUUCGGCUGUUUCAUGUUAUUCUGGUGUUGGAUAAACUACAAAAUCAUUCAGAAAGCAACCUCCAAGGUUAAAGCCAGUUAA